AUGUUGCGGAGUAAAAUAUUUCUCCCCAAAAAUGCAGUGGAGCUGAAGAAGCAGAAGACUAAGAAAUUUGGAAAAGAAAACACACCAGGAAGAACUGGGGUCCGUUCAGACAGCGAGGAGAAUGAACUGGAUUAUGGGUACUGGAACUACAGAGAGGGAGCUGAUAGCGUGAAUGUGGCCUCAGUGCGCAGUGUGACCAGAGUUUUAGACACCUGGGGAAAACGCAUCUUCAAUGAGAUCAAGACUUUACUGCACUCUCAGCCCAACACACUGCUGCCUGACUACUCCAGGGUGCGCCCUUUAUCCGAGUCCGUCAACGACCUGUUCAGAGAAGUGUCGCUGCUGCGCAGGCGCAUCACCGAGCUCUCUCACCGCCUAGCAACCCUGGAACCGUUCCUACGUCACUACGGCUACAGGGAGGAGGCGGCGGGGGAGGAGGGGGAGGCGACGGCAGGCGGCCGGGCUCUGAGCCUGAGAGGAGAGGUGGCGAGCCUGGCUCGAUACAGCCCGAGUACCGCGGGGAGGGCGGGUCCGCCGAGGGGGAGCCGGGUGGUGAGGAGGAGACGGGUGAGGGUCUUCAAAAAGGAAGGAGUGAAGCCGGUUCAGUGAGAGAGACGGACACACUGAUGCAGGGAAGUGAAGAGUAUGACAAAGAAAGAAGUUCUGCACAUAUUCUAUAAUGUAAGAUAUAUACAUUUUUAAAGUGCUUCAUUUUUGUAAAAUAACAAUAUGAUAGUUCUAUACUGCUUGUCAUAAUAGGCCAGGAGUAAUGCUGAGGAUUUGUAUGAGUCAAUAUGGAGGGCAAUAACUUUAAUAAACAAUCAUGAUCAUCACUACUGCACUGUUCUG